AUGGUUGAAGACAAUGUCGCCAAUUGUCGGGAGAUUUUUGCCUAUUUCGACACAAAAGGAGACGAAAAAAUCGCGGUUAGUCAAGUUGGAGAUGUUCUGAGAGCCCUUGGCCAAAAUCCUACCCAGACGGAGAUCUCGAAAUGUUGUGAACAUUGGCAAAAUCCAGGUUAGUUAUUGUUUGGAGAUUUAUCAGCCUAGGGAUCUCCAAAAAAACCGCUUACGGAUUGCAACACAUAGAUGAUUCAUCCUUCCUUGUACCUCCAGUCCUUUGAUCUAAGAAACUAAAAGAAUAUUUUAGAAACCCGGAUCACUUUCGAAGACUUUGUGCCCAUCUUCCAAACCGUUGGAAAAAAUCGAUCAAACAUUUCAUUCGAGGAAUUUGUCGAAGGGCUCUCUCAUUUUGACAUGGAAGGUACCGGAACCAUCAAAGUUGCUGAGCUUAGACAUCUUCUCACAACCCUCGGAGAAAGGCUCAGCGAUGAGGAAGUUGAUCAGCUAAUUUCUGGCCAAGGAGAUCCAAAUGGCCAUGUCAACAUUGCCGAUUUUGUUCGCACUGUCCUUCAAGCCUAA